GCCACGACACUAGACGCAAAAUUCACUCUACUACAGCUGCUAACAUCUCCGAUAAAAAGGUUUAUCUUCAGUGCAAUCAGAAACGCCUGCAGUGCUUCAGACUUUCUUGUUAGCAAUAUCUCCGGUCCUUGCACGAUUUCUAUUUCUUGUCUUGGCGGUGUACAAAGUCUCGCUCCGGUAGCAAUAUUACAACGUGGUUGAUCAAAUCAAGGAAAUGGCACGACAGCUUGCUGCAUUGCCAAAAAAGCAGUUUGAAAUGUAUAGGGCAAAACCCAAAACACUUGUUGCAAGAGAGAUUUUAACUCUGCCAACGACUACUAUAAAUAUUUCCAACAAGUUUGGAAUUAAUGGCAUUCACACUACUUCUACAGACUUUAAACUCAAUGAUACUUUUCUAAAUAUGACUCUCCAGUCAAAUGAAGAUACUAUUGAAACUGUUACUCCUCCUAGUAWUCCUAGUACAUCUGCUAAAAAGAAAGCAAAGAAGAAAAAGAAAAAAUCUUCGACUGCAUCUGAUCAAGCAUCUAAUGUAGAGAACGCGAACUCGAGUGUGAUAAUUGAAAAUAAAUUAUUAGAUUCUGGAGARAGUGGUUCAAGAAUUGUGACAAUGAAUAAGAGUAUGGUYGCUGAUAUUUCUGUUGUUAAACCUGAGGAAAAAAGUUAUAAAAAGCAGUCAAUUGAGGAAAAUAUUGUGGAUACAACAGAGAAUGGUGUUGAACAACUGGACUCGGAAACAACGGACUCACCAGAAGAAUUACGUCAACUCUCUUCUCCACCAUUUGGUCAUCCUCUCUCAACUGAUAAACUCAUUCAGUCGGCCAUUGAACUACUUUCUUGUGAACCUUCCAAUGACAUCUACAAGAUUGAUAAUAGUGCUUCAAAUAAGGAACCAAGCAAAACUGACCCUCAAGACAUUAGUAGAUCCAGUAAUGUUUCGAUGGAUUCAUCUGUAGAUGGACCUCUAGUAGAUAAGGACAACCUAAAAGACAAUUCUAGAUCUCCUGAUCCAAUUGAUCUUAAAGUUGAUGAAUCUGUUGAUGGUGAUGUUUCUAAUUUGUCUGCCUGGGAUGAAGAURAAGGGUGGCAGUCUCAAGGCAGAAGAUCUCAUAGAAAGAGAAAGAAGGACUUUCAAAGUAGAGAAAGAAGUAAUUCAGGCAAAAAAGACAUUCCAAAAGAAACAAAGCAAAAUAACAGAAGGCAAAAUCCUAGGGGUAGUCACAACAGAAACUUUAUUGCAAAGCCUAAUGAUUUCUCUAAUGGAUCAAAGACUUUGAAUUUGAAAGCAGAAAACGAUAAUGUACAAAAAAUAGAAAAAUGKAACAAAACGACUGAUAAUUCAACUUCAAUUUCAAAAACGGAAAAGGAAGAGAAAAAUAGUAGUAAUAACACUGGGGCUGUAUUCUCAUAUAGAGAUGCUCUUCUGAAAGCCAAAUCUAAACCCACAGAAGAAUUACAAUACAACAGUGACAGUGGAGUUGACGUGAACAGUGUUGGUUCAUGUGACUCAGCCAUACACUCCCCUAAAAUAGCUGAUGAAUUCGACUUAGAAGAAGCUGUCAAUUAUCUUWUGAAAGGUAAAGCUUAGAUUGUACAUACCAGCUUUGUAUAUAAUUAAUGAUAUGUU